AUGCGCUUGGCGGUUUUCCCCACGCAAUGGCCGCUGCUCUUCGUGCUGCAAGGUGCAUGGGGCUGGCCCGAUUCGAGAGAACUCUCCAACCAGACGCUGCACGACGGCCUAACAUCUGUGAAGUUCAAGCAGGAGGUGAUCCGGCUCUUCCGCUCCGAGCGCUACGCGCGCAGCACGGCGCUGGACAUCGGCGCCGGCGCCGGAGCGACCUCCGCGGCGCUCGCGGUGAACUUUGGCCUCGUGGUCGGCACCGAGGUCUUUUGGGACAUUGGCCGAGAGGAAAAGAAAGACACAGCAAAGGCGACUCAUGACUACUACCGCUUGGACAGUUCGAAGCUGUUCAAACGAGAUGGACGCAGCUUCUCCAACAUCCUUGCUUUGCACCUCGAUGCCAAACUGCCCUUUGCCCUGAGUGUGCUGGUGGAGCAGAACAUCUCGGCUGUGGUCAUCGAUGCACAGCACGAUUUCUUCAAUGUGGUCGGGGAAACCAUGUCCGUACUACGCUACAUCCCCUGCUGCGUGGAAACCAUUGUCUACCAUGACUAUUGUAUGGACGAGGUCUACCAGGCCAUCCGUUACUUUGCAGAUGCAGGUAUCCUGACCUUCCGGAAACGCAUCGGCUUGCCGCAGUUCCACGACCCGAAAUGUGUGGGAAAGCCACGAUCCGAGGGAGUUGCGAUGCGGGUCUUGCGCCGGAGGAAGGGCUACUGGCAGGCCCUAGAGCGCUUGAAUGCGCAAUUUCAAUCUUUCAAAGAUCGAGCACCCACAAUGGUGCAAAAGCUGAACAAGACGCGGUGGAUACUACUCUCUUCAGAGUUAUCCAGGCCGGUGGCAAUCUUGACUCUCGGAUUUGCACCUGCACGCUGUCACUGGGACGUGCUGCCAGCGCAUCCGUUGGUGGUCAACCCGGAGGUCCCCGCACUGCCUCGUUUGGGCAGCGCGAAGGCCUUCGGAGGCAGCCUGCUGAGUAAGAGAAGACUGCCUUUGCUCUCAAUUCCAAUCCAUGGAAAGGUGGUAGAGGAAAGUGAGCCGGUCUUGAUCGAAGUGAGCCGCGAGAUGAAUCUGUUUACCUUGGAAGUGCCGGAGACGUAUCCUCUUCCUUGGGGGCAGACUCUGCUGGCCUUCAGCUUUACCUGGUCCAUGGCCGUGAGCCGCCUCAUUGACAACUUCUUACAUCUCGAUGCAUCUUUGAGCAGAGCCACCACUGAACAUUGGACAUUUGCUUAG